AAUAAAGGUUAUGCAAUAUGCUUAUCUGAACAGACCCAAGUUCGCUAAUUCUUUCUCUUGUAUUUAGGCAAGCCUAUAUGUCUCAAUAUGUCCUUUUCACCCUGCGGGAGCAUGCUACGAGUCGCCAAAGUCGAGGCAGUGUUCGAGGUUAGAGGAGAGACCGGAGCAGUAGAUUGCUCAGGUUGCGAAAAAGAAGGUUCGCCGCAAAGCCAACAGUUGUUAAGAUUAAAGCUACAUAUCAUGGCUUUUAAUCUCUCCAAGUCCAGACCAACUAAAGCGCAGCCAAAAUUAGUUGGUUCAGCAACUCUCGAUAUUGGCUCUUCAGUACGGCCGCUUGUGCACCAUCUCCCUUUUGCUUUUACAUGGAGGCCAGAACACUUGUAUGUCACUAUCAGCAGUUCCAGGCUGCGUGUCUACCGUGUUGAUUUAAACCUGGCCAUGGCCCGGAACACUGAUGUCUGUCCCUCUAAGCGCACUUGGGAUGGGACAGUUAUCGGCCCCGUGAAAGACGAAAAGCGUUGUGCAAUAGCGACGCCAACAGAAACCAUCUUUCUGCCAAGAUCGGCCAGAAUCAGCACCGUGCAAUACCUGCCGCCGAAUCCCAAUGGUUUUGGAAAUAAAUCUGUAGUUGUCGUCAGCCCACGAAACGGAACAUGUGCACGGCCAGGAUUUUGUAUAUACCUCACCGAACAAGACUUGGGGGAGUGGAUAGACCCAGCCGAGAAAUCAGAGGAGGAGCCUCGCCUACUUCCUGGACAACAACGACUUAGCAGUAUGUACGAGGAGUUCAACACGGAAAAGGACUGCGACGUCAUUCCAUGUGACUACUAGUAGAUAGGUAUUGGAGAUGAAUCAAUUAGAUUUGACUUUUAUGAAAAUUUCAGAGCUUGAGGCAGGAGCAGAUGUCUUGCGAUUGCUACUGUGGAACACAUUGCUAAAUUGUUU